AUGAUCGGCUGUGUGUCGGGGAUCUUGACGUUUUGCCUGCUGGUAGCACUUAUCGGAAGCGGACUGGGAGCAGAGGACUAUCCCGACUAUUGUAGCACCUUUGAGGAGAGGCCUGGGCGGUGCGUCCACUACCUAGAAUGUCCGUCCAUCAAUGCACUGGUGCAGAAAAACCUAUCCGGCCACGAGCUAAGCAAAAUGGAGACAGACAUGUGGAAUCAAGCCAGAUGUUCGGACAGGAAUACGACCUUUGUGUGCUGCCAGGACGAAAUCAAUGCCUCUGGACUGGAGAUGCUGAGGAAUGAGACGGAGUGCGGCAAGUUCACGUUGUUUAAGGUCACGAAUGGGCAACGGGUGAAGAUGGGCUCGCGACCCUGGAUGGCCCUGCUAAAGUACAAUGUCGCUAUGAUGGCCAGGCAUCAGUUUCUUUGCGGGGCCACGCUCAUCUCGAAACGCUUCGUACUGACUGCAGCGCAUUGAUCGAUCAACGAACAG